GAUACUUGACAUCAAAAAUGUUCAUCUCGGGCCGCGAGUUUGACACCCCUGCCCUAAAUAGUAAACAAACUAAAGUAGUGUAAUAGAGAGGAUUGUCGACUUCUGGACACUGAGCAUAAUAUGUAAUUGAGAUUCAUAAUUUUAAAAAACAUAUAGAUUUCAAAAAUUUCGAAAUAUGAAUAUUAUUCGUCAUAGCUUACAACAUAGACUGCACGAUCAUUGCAGUCCUUUUAAAAGUAUAAUUGAAGAAUAAAUCUACCUGGUAAAUAGAUUGACGUUACCAGAAGUUAAAGAGACCAAAUGUAAAUCGUGACACGGAAUCCAAUCGGUGUCCUUGUAUCAAUAGUGAAACUCUCUUUCGAAGUCAACAAGUGACCGCGAGCAAACAUACGGCUGACCAAAACGAUCUAUACCAAUUUUAGUACUCGACCAAACCCACGUAGAUGGGCAUCGUGAAGUUAAUGUCACCAUUGUCAGUUCAUUGCAAACACAUGGAAAGGGUUUACUUUGCGUAUUUGAUCCCCGACUUUCACUGGUGCGGCGAAACAUUGUCAGCGAGAAUCCAGUUUAUCUUGACCCGAAACAGUCAUUGAUCGUAGCAAUUGUGACGAUCAGAGAUAAUCGACUAUAUAACGCGCGCGAGAUUAGUGAGUUAAUUGCGUAUUAUAAAACGGAGCGAGACGCGGAUCGAGCGCGAAUCGAUAUCGGCAUAUCGAGGAAAGCGUUUCCCCCCUCCCCAUGUUUCAUUCUCUUGCUUGUUUACUUAGCUCGUUUGCUUUUCACGAGUCGUUCAAUUCGAUCGGAGGCGACUGUUGCCGUCAAUUGCACAGGUCAUCCUUGGAGAAAGGGUGCCGCGCGACCGGUAUAAUUUAAUAACCCUAGUUAAGUGAUUCAGUCUUGACGGUGCGUCAGUGGUGCGUGAACACGUCGGUGCGUUCCUUUGGCCGCGCGUUGCACUCGACAGACCGAACCUAAGAUUUUAGGUGAUAUCUGCGUGCUCGUUUAUGGUUCAUGCGCACUGGAUGGAGACAAUGUUAAAACGUAAUUCCGGUGGCGCUCAUCGCGAUGUUGCGAACGCAUCACUGGAGACACAAGUGCACCGUGGGUCCGGCCUGCUCUGCUUCACUUGCAGCAUCUGUUUCAUUUUAAGCCUGAUUUGCACAUGCCUGGCAACGCUAUUAGUCCUUCUUGAUCAGAAAGUCGAAGCCGCCAGCUAUCAAAACCCUCAAGCCGUCAUGAACAAGCAAUUGAUAGAAGAGCUAUCAUUCCGAUUGCCGAGUGAAGUGAAGCCAUGUCUCUACGACAUUUACUUGUACCCGGACCUGGAAAAGGGUACCUUCCAAGGUAAAGUGAUGAUUCUGAUCGACGUCUUCGACACCAGGAGUUACAUAGCUGUUCAUCAGAAGGACCUCAAUAUCACGUCCACUCAACUGAAGACCUACGACCGGGAGGAGAACUAUGAGAUCGAGAUCGAGGAGACCAUACCCAUACCGAAGAACGAAAUGUUCGUGGUGUCGACGAAAAACAAGUUGCACUCGGGACUUUAUAACUUGAGCUUCGAAUUCAAUGGUGCCCUGCAACCGGAUAAGAUCGUUGGAUUUUACUCGAGCAAGUACAAGAGCUCGCAAAACCAGACCAGGCUUAUCGCUACCUCCAAAUUCGAGCCCACUUACGCCAGAAGAGCGUUCCCGUGUUUCGAUGAACCAGCGUUCAAAGCUGAGUUUGCAAUACAACUUGUUCAUCCUAGUGGCGACUGCUACAAUGCUUUGUCUAAUAUGAACGUUGAGAAAGUGCAAGUAAAUCAGCCAUCGCUUGGCUUAACAACAGUCACUUUUGCGACGAGCUCCCGAAUGUCUACGUAUUUAUCGUGCUUCAUAGUCAGUGACUUCGUCGCCGUUACCAGUAAAGCAAAGAAUCACGACGGCCGCUUGUUUCCGAUCAGCGUGUACACCACGAGUGCUCAAAAGGAGAAGGGUACUUUUGCUCUUGACAUAGCUGUAAGCGUCAUCCAAUAUUACAUUAGCCUGUUCGACAUCGGUUAUCCCUUGCCAAAGCUCGAUUUGGCAGCUAUUCCUGACUUUGUAUCCGGCGCAAUGGAAAACUGGGGACUCGUCACUUUUAGAGAAAGUAGAUUGUUGUACGACAACAAGACCAGUUCUACCGCAAACAAGUAUGAUAUUGUCAGCGUGAUCUGUCACGAGUUGGCGCAUAUGUGGUUUGGAAACUUAGUUACUAUGGCCUGGUGGAACGAUCUAUGGUUAAAUGAGGGCUUCGCCACCUUCAUGCAAUACAAAAGCGCUAAUGCAGUACUUCCGGACUGGGGAUGGAUGGAUAGGUUCCCCAUGGAACAGAUGCAUACCGUCUUCGUGACUGAUGCAAAAUUGAGUUCACAUCCGAUAGUUCAGAUUGUCAGUAAUCCUGAUGAAAUCACUGCCAUUUUUGAUGAUAUAUCGUAUCAAAAGGGAUCGUCAAUAAUUCGAAUGAUGGAAGAUUUCAUAACUCCCACCGCCUUCUACAGAGGUAUUCACACUUACUUGAACAAGUUCCAAUAUGAUAAUGCAGAAACGGCGGACCUCCUGACGAUCCUCGCAGAUGUAACUUGGCCGAAUUAUUUAAACGUGAAAGCAAUCAUGGAUACAUGGACCAAACAGAUGGGCUAUCCAGUGGUGAACGUAAAGAAAUCCGACAACAAAUAUAUCCUUACACAGAAACGAUUCCUCGCUGAUCCUGAUGUUCGGUACAAUGUAUCGGAUUCCGAGUAUGGUUACACAUGGACCAUCCCUAUCACAUAUAUCACUAACAAAACGUCUGAACCAACUUGCAUAUGGUUUGACAAGUCCGAUAGCACUGCAGUGAUCGAACUGAGUGAGCCGAUCGAAUGGAUUAAAUUCAACGCGAAUCAGGUCGGAUAUUACCGCGUUAAUUACGAACUAACCGAAUGGGAAACUCUGAACAACCUUCUCCGAUAUUAUCACAAGAGAUUGUCAGUGUCAGAUAGAACCAAUCUCUUGGAAGAUGCGUUCAGUUUGGCAGCUGCCCAGGAACUUGAUUACAGCGUCCCAAUGAACAUGACAGCGUACCUUCCAAAGGAACACCAUGCUGUUCCGUGGAAGGUGGCCGAGUUGAAAUUGGGAGCUAUUGAUACCCUGUUGUCCUUGACCGAUCUCUCAACGAAGUUCAAGAAGUACGUAAGAAACUUGGUCGACAGUGUUUACCACGAAGUAGCUUGGACCGUUGAAAACAUCGAGGACCAUGUUACUUUGAGACUUCGGUCGUCGAUCCUUGAACUAGCUUGCUCCGUGGGGCACGAAGAGUGUCUUGAAGAAGGUAGCAACAUAUUUAAAAGUUGGAUACAAGAUCCAAAGGAUGUUCGUCCUCAUCCUGAUAUCCGUGCGCUAGUUUAUUAUUACGGAAUGCAUCAUGUUGGCGAUGAAGCGUCAUGGAAUACCAUGUUCCAGCGAUUUCUCGCUGAGACCGACUCCACGGAGAAACUAAAGCUGAUGCAAGGACUGGCUGGAAUACGCUCCGAUUGGAUAUUGAAUAAGUUCAUCACGACAGCCAGCGACGAAAAUUACGUUCGCUCUCAGGACUUCUUCGGCUGUUUAUCCGCUAUUUCCAACAACCCAGUCGGAACUCCACUUGUCUGGAACUGGGUUCGAUCUAACUGGGAACUACUUGUGAACAGAUACACCUUAAAUGACAGGUACCUCGGUGCUUUGAUUCCAAGUAUUACUAAGACAUUCGCCACGGAGACGAAAUUGGACGAAAUCGAAGAUUUCUUCGCGAAAUAUCCUGAAGCGGGCGCAGGUGCGAGAAACCGUGCGAAGGCUCUUGAAACUGUAUCGAAUAACAUCAAGUGGCUCGCCAAGAACACUGACAGCCUGCGAACUUGGCUAAAUGCUAAUGUGAAAACUGAUUAAACGAUACAUGUAUGCAACCAGUUGUCGAUGAUCUCGUCGAGCAAAGAACAUUCCUCUGAGAGUACUCAAGGAAUUGGCGAACGAAACCUGUACAUAAGAACAAUCACACUUAGUGAUUCUGAAUUAUUGCCAAAAAAAUUGGCUACUGUUACUCUAUUAAUAUCUGGUUCAACCACAAGGAUGAGAUUUUUUCGCUUUUGGAAGCUUUAGUAAAGAACACUAUAGAACUGAAAUUGAGAAAAUACAAACAGAAAAUUUUGGAGAGUUAAUACAUUUAAUGGCAAGUGUAAACACUCUAAGAGUAUAAGUGUUAAAAGGAUUUUCAAGAUCGAAAUUCACAAGAGAAGUUGAGAUCUUAUUGAAAUUUGUAAGAAGAAAUGUUUAGACAGAACUUAUUUUCAGGUGCUCAUUGUUUCAUUUGUUAUCGAUAGGAAAACUAAUCAUCGAACGCAUGUAACUUGUGAAUAUUACCUUAUCUGCUGUCUACAAAACAUAAAUGGAUUUUCUAUAAAA